AUGAUAUCAUUUCCUCCAGUAUGGGAUGUUGAUGUUGAUGUUGUCUCGUCGACAAGUGCACUACUUUGCUGGGGUGCUAUUGCAAUGUAA